CACUUGAUUGGUAGCUCUUACGCUGCUGAUGUGGACGGUGUUCCUCUGGUGGUCCCGAGUGAGCGAAGCGCAGCAGAGAACCGCUCAGAAAAGAGACCGAUUUAAUUCAUAGUUUCACUAAUUGUAGAGGAUUGUGCUUCGCAGCGGUGUUCCCGAGGAUCAUGCCGUACUUCCAGACCUGGGAGGAGUUCUCCCGCGCCGCCGAGAAGCUCUACCUGACGGAGCCCAUGAAGGUCCGGGUGGUUCUGAAGUACCGACACUGUGACGGGAACCUGUGCAUCAAAGUGACGGACGACGCGGUGUGUCUGCAGUACAAGACGGACCAGGCCCAGGAUGUGAAGAAGAUGGAGAAGCUCCACGGCAAACUGAUGAGGCUCAUGGUCUCCAAGGAGACGCACAGCAGCGCCAUGGAAACGGACUGAUGGUUUCCCACGGCAACUAAACCUUGGACUGAUAUGUGUGGGGGGGAGCAGACUGGAGUCUCUGGUUGGAGGGGGGGCGGGGAGGAUGAGGAGUUUUGAUGAAGAGGAGGAGGUCAGAGUUCAGCGCGGGUCCUCUGUUGAGAAGUCGUUAUUUAUUAUUUUGAAACAGUGAUGGGGGGCGGGGCCUGUAGCGGACCCCCAGCUGCGACCCCUGACACCUGUGACGGGAGGGGGGGCGACCCCACCCUCCUGAGGAGAGUCUUCUGAUUAUUUGAUAUUUUUUAAGCUGAGCGACCUAAACACACGGCCUGACCUGUCCGUUUGCGUCCAGUUUGUUUUUCAUCAGUGGUUAUGUUUUUUUUUAGUUGUGAUGGCCUGUGAUCAUGUGACUGGGCUGUGAUCACGUGUCCAGACGUCUCGUACCCCUGGGCAACAUGCCCACAUCGGGCACGAUUUUGUCUACUUUAAAAAAAGUAUUUCAUAUUCAAUAAACUUUUAUUUACUCCAGA